CCUUGGUAUAUAAAGGCACAUCGCAGGGGGAACCCUCCUAAGUGUCUCUCAGCCGCAGCAUGACCAGGACCGAGAGCCUGAGAGUGUGGACUUAACAAAACAAUGCCCAGCCUAACCGCCGACUCACUCAACACACAGCGCUUCAUCAUGGACAAAGAUGACAGGAAGAGAAACAAGAACAUUGGAAAAAACUUUAUGUGCAGACUCCAGUGCAUGUUCUCACACUCGUCCAGCUCGGAGAGCAGGCUAAGUUUAGAAGAUACCCAACAAUGGUCACAGUCACUGGAAAGGCUUCUGGAGUCUAAAUAUGGACUGGCCACCUUUCGUAACUUCCUCAAAUCUGAAUACAGCGAUGAGAAUAUUGAGUUCUGGCUCACCUGUGAGGACUACAAGAAGAUCAAGUCUUCGUUCAGAAUGUCCUCACGAGCCAAGAAGAUUUAUGAGCAGUUCAUCAAAGCAGAAUCUCCUAAAGAGAUCAACAUUGACUAUCACACCCGAGAGCAGAUCAAAAGGAACGUCAAGACUCCCACCAUGCACUGCUUUGACGACGCUCAGAAGAUAGUUUACGGGCUGAUGGAGAGAGACUCGUACCCACGGUUCCUCCGCUCCGACAUUUAUAGAACUCUCCUGGAAAACCUCGCCGCCGAUGCCACGAAGGGAUGAAAGCACGGUCGCGGGGUGAAAGAGAGAGAAAGAGACAGAACGGACAUGAAAACCCAUAACUGGAACGUUUGAGCUCCUUCCAGAGGAAGGACUGACAACAAAGAAGGAAGGAGAGUCGACCUGCGCGGCACACGGACACGCACAGAGGCCUCGCACUAGCUCCAGAAGCAGAUUGUGUCUUAUAGUCACCGGCAGGAUCCCCCACGCUGAGCACCACAGAAGAGACCCAGCCAGCCUCACCGCCCCGUAGUGCGCACCGUGCACGGGAUGAUAACGCUUGCGUUCGUAGGCGAACUGAGCACUUUGUGAAUGAACCGCACUGUCGGCGGAGCCGCGCGUGAGCUUCGCAGCGGACCUCCUUCGGCCUUCUUUGCAGAGGUGUUUCCUGUGCAGAUAAACGAUUGAGGAUGUGAGACUGUGCAACUGUCGCACUCGAUUAGUUGCACGUGUGAGUGUGUUUAGUUGUUAGCAUUGAACUGCCACUGACGCACAACGAGCUGUCACAGAAAGAGCUGGCCGAUGAUUUAAAGACAGAAAUAAGGAGCACGACGAAUCCACAGAGGAGCUCAGAGUCACAUGUCGUCCUGAGUAAAGCAGAAGGCCACGGAGUUCUGCAAGAGGCAUUCUGGGAUACUUUAAAAGGAUAUUUUUUCUAGAUUGGACUGAUGUUUGGAGAGUUUUUUUAGUCUUAGAUGCCUGUGGGUGACAUUUCUGUGCAGAUAUUUAAAAUCUUUUAAGGUGGCAAUAUUCAAACAACAAAAGUAAAACUAGUUCUUUUAGAAGCAAUUAUAUUUUUGAAUGAUAAACAAAACAUAAUCGUGCACAUGUUUGUGUUGACGGUUGUGAUUUUACUGAAUAAACUAUGAGUGGAAAUGUAGAAAUAGUAUCACAAUGCAUGAUGGGAUGUUAAAACUCCUCACAUACCCUGAGAACAGGUCGUUUGCCUGCUUUCCAGACGAUGUUGUUUGAAUGUGUUCUUAGCGAGUUUAUAGGUAAUUAACUUAAAAGUUAAACUUUGUAUAAUUUAUUGUUACAAACUUUGUUGCAGUGCUGACGUGCUUAUUCAACUGUUAGUGAUUUGAAUGACAUUAAAUUAUUUAAAUUGCUCACUUUGAAGUAACUUUAUUUUUCCUGCUCGUGGAUUUUCGCGCCCGCAGCUUUCAGCGCUCGGUGCCGCGAUGUCAGCGCCGUGGGUCUGUUUAAAGACGACAGCAGAACACUUGCAGUGAAAUGGAUCUCAAACACCGCGUUAGAAAAAUGAUGGGAUGUUUGCACAGCGAUUGUCUGUUGCAUGUUUAAAGCUUUACUCCACCGCAUCAGGAUGGAAACACGGAGGCUGUGCCAAGUUCUUGUCGGCGGAACAGUUAUCUUCACUGUUGUGGAGAAGCAGG